CGUACUUGCACUUUAUAUGAUAAUUGCAAAACGUAAAAAACAAAAAAAGAAUUAUAUAAGAAAACAAAGUCUUCUUUGCUACUUUGGAGAACGGUUCAAUGUCUGUUUUUUUGAAAGUUGUUUUAUAUUUCGAUCGUUAAUAAUUAAAGAAAGCAUUGGUGGUGUUAUUCUCAGUGAUUUCACCACCAAUAGAAAAGAAGAAGAUCUAGAUCUAUCGUCGAUCAUCAUCUCUGAGUCGGAUAGUGAUAUUAUAAAGAUUCGAGACGCGCCUAAUGCUGGGGGUUCAUCUAUUUACUCAGAAGUGCUAUCGUUUUUAAUCCUGAAGAAAUGUUGUCACGCCAAGCUACUGAAAACAGAAAUGGAAAUUGAAUAUUUCCCAAGAGGUGGCCCCAUAACAGAUUAUGUGUGCCAAAUAUAUGGUACCAUAUUGGGUGUGUCUGUCUCACGUGCAAUGAAGUUUGGAAGCAGGGCAUACACAGAAGAGGAUGCUAAACGGUUACUUCAUAAAAAAUUGAAGGGUGUGAUAAAAUCCACCAACAACAAUCAAGAAAAAUGGAAAAAGCAGGUAUUGCACCUGUGGUCUGUCAGCAAUGACGUGACAUCUACACUGAUCAAAGUGUUCAACAUGAUACCGCCGGAAAUAAAAUCAAACACGGUCAUUUUGAUCACCACGACAGUAAAGACAUUUAAUUUGAUUUACUUGAACAAAUAAAUUUGGACAGACAAUAUUAGGAGACUGUUAAAUAAGAAAAUUUAGAUGUGCUUUAGUCAAUUUUUUAAGUAAGAACUUCAAAAAGAAAAAGAAAGAUAUAGAAACACUGAUAAAGAAGAAAGAUUGUGCGAAAUCUGCCAAGAAAACUAUUGUAUUGAAACGGAAUAUCACUUCGUACUUAAUUGCAAUUCAUAAAGCUGUCUUAUGAAGCUGUAUAUUCCAAGAAAAUAUUGGAUUCCACCGUCAAUUAACAACUUUAACAUACUCAUGAAUACUACUCAGUAACACAAUUUUUUCAUGGUUUUAUUUUUAGCUCACCUGUCACAAAGUGACAGGGUGAGCUUUUGUGAUCGCUUUUCGUCCGGCGUCCGUCCGUCCGACGUCCGUCCGUAAACUUUUGCUUUAAAUGACAUCUCCUCAUAAACCACUGAGCCAAUUUCAUCCAAACUUCACAGGAAUGUUCCUUUGGUGGUCACCUUUAAAAAUUGUUCAAAGAAUUUAAUUCCAUGCAGAAAUCUGGUUGCCAUGGCAACCGAAAGAAAAAUCUUUAAAUAUCUUCUUUUAAACAACCCUAAGAGCUAGAGCUUAGAUAUUUGGCAUGAAACAUCUUCUAAUGAGUGUCUACCAAGUUUGUUCAAAUAAAAGCCCUGGGGUCAAAAUUGGCCCCGCCCCGGGGGGUCAUUGAUUUUCCCUAUAUGCAUAUAGUAAAAACUUAAAAAAUCUUCUUUUAAAGAACUGUAAGAGCUAGAGCUAAGAUAUUUGGCAUGGAACAUCUUCUAGUGAGUGUCUACCAAGUUUGUUCAAAUAAAAGCCCUGGGGUCAAAAUUGGCCCCGCCCCGGGGGGUCAUUGAUUUUCCCUAUAUGCAUAUAGUAAAAACUUACAAAAUCUUCUUUUCAAGAACUGUAAGAGCUAGAGCUUAGAUAUUUGGCAUGAAACAUCUUCUAGUGAAUGUCUACCAAGAUUGUUCAAAUAAAAGCCCUUGGGUCAAAAUUGGCCCCGCCCCAGGGGGUCAUUGAUUUUCCCUAUAUGCAUAUAGUAAAAACUUAAAAAAUCUUCUUUUAAAGAACCCAAAAAGCUAGAGCUAAGCUAUUUGGCAUGAAACAUCUUCUAGUGAAUGUCUACCAAGUUUGUUCAAAUAAAAGCCCUGGGGUCAAAAUAGGCCCCGCCCUGGGGGGUAACUGAUUUUCCCUAUAUGCAUAUAGUAAAAACUUAAAAAAUCUUCUUUUAAAGAACCAGAAGAGCUAGAGCUUAGAUAUUUGGCAUAAAACAUCUUCUAGUGAAUGUCUACCAAGUUUGUUCAAAUAAAAGCCCUGGGGUCAAAAUUGGCCCCGCCCCAGGGGGUCAUUGAUUUUUCCUAUAUGCAUAUAGUAAAAACUUUAAAAAUCUUCUUUUAAAGAACUGUAAGAGCUAGAGCUUAGAUAUUUGGCAUGAAACAUCUUCUAGUGAAUGUCUACCAAGUUUGUUCAAAUAAAAGCCCUGGGGUCCAAAUUGGCCCCGCCCCAGGGGGUCAUUGAUUUUCCCUAUAUGCAUAAAGUAAAAACUUAAAAAACCUUCUUUUAAAGAACCCAAAGAGCUAGAGCUAAGAUAUUUGGCAUGAAACAUCUUCUAGUGAAUGUCUACCAAGUUUGUUCAAAUAAAAGCCCUGGGUCAAAAUUGGCCCCGCCCUGGGGGGUCAUUGAUUUUUUCCUAUAUGCAUAUAGUAAAAACUUAAAAAAUCUUCUUUUAAAGAACUGUAAGAGCUAGAGCUUAGAUAUUUGGCAUGAAACAUCUUCUAGUGAAUGUCUACCAAGUUUGUUCAAAUAAAAGCCCUGGGGUCAAAAUUGGCCCCGCCCCAGGGGGUCAUUGAUUUUCCCUAUAUGCAUUGUUCGGGAACUUGGGUUCUACUUCAAAUAUAAAUCUAAACGAGUAUGCGCCUUUAACUUUUAUUUCCUUGAUAAACGUCAAUAAGCGUUGAUAAGCGUUGAUAAGCGAUUCUCUGAAAAUAUUCAUUUACAAUUUGUACUUCGCAAUAAAUAAUAAACAUAAAAACAUUCACAUCAUAAAUAAAUUAUAUAUGAAUUACACAAUAAAUCUAAUUAGAACAUUUGUACCUUUAAAUUUGAAUCUUACUGUAAAUUAUCUUUUAAAACAAGUGCGUUAUUUUGUUAAAUUAAACAUACCGAUUUUGACUUGUCUCAAUACAUCAAGUUCCAGAUUUAAAACUGACGAGAUUCUCAAUAACAAAACAAAACAAAAAUGAUGACGUCGACAUCUUACGUCGCGUAAAGUAGCGUAACAUAUUGACGCCAUUAACAACGUUCACAAAUCUGAAGUACUUAGAAAUCAAUACGUUUCUAACAGUCCUCGCCAUGAAAUUACUAUUAAAUUUCAUCAUAAAUCGCAAUAACUAGUACAUUUACAAUAAAGAGACAAAUUAGACCUUUUAAACUUAAAUAUAUGUAUAUUCGAAUGUUUAAUGUUUAAGCUUAGCUUUUAAACUUUAAAGUGUCAAUAAGCAACAUGGCUAAGGUGAACUUUCAAGUAGACACAAUUUAGUAAUAGAUUUCACUGAUUCAGUGUCUUUGUAUUUCACAACACAACUUCUAACAUGUCCAUCUCGGCUUUCUCGUAUCUGAAUAAUGCGUCCUAAGGGCCAUUGUCCCCUUGUAGUAUUCUCGUCAGAAACUAACACAAUGUCACCAACACGCAAAUCUGUAGUUUUCCUCUGCCAUUUUGAACGACUUUGCAGGGACGGUAUGUAUUCACGGACCCAUCUUCUCCAAAAAAUAUAUUAGCCAGAUAUUGUAUUUGUUUCCACCAACGCUUUACAUAAUUGUCUUCAUUCUUAAACACUC